GGUAGGGAUCUUUGGGGGUGGAUUUUUGCCUUUAUCUGAUUGCGACGUUGGAGCCCAGCUAGGUACUGCUGUUUCGGCUGUCGCGUGACGAACCUAAGGCUGAUUCACAGUGCAGUGCUUCUCAGUCGAGGCACGAUUUCAGAGGGAAAGCAUGCCAAGAUACACAGUGCAUAUCCGAGGAGAAUGGCUAGCAGUACCUUGCCAAAACUGUAGUAAUACAAUCGGAUGGCUGGGAAAGGAAGCUGUGAGACGGUAUAUGAAAAACAAACCUGAUAAUGGUGGAUUUACCUCGGUGGAAGAAGUAAAAUUUUAUGUUCGAAGGUGCAAGGGGCUUGGCUUGCUGGACCUUGAUGACACAGUGGAGGACGCCCUGGAGGACAAUGAGUUUGUUGAAGUUGUUAUAGAAGGAGAUAUAAUGUCUCCAGAUUUCAUACCAUCUCAACCAGAAGGAGUUCAUCUAUAUAGCAAAUAUCGAGAACCAGAACAGUAUAUUUCUUUAGAUGGGAACAGUUUAACAACGGAGGACUUGGUGAAUUUAGGGAAGGGGCUCUACAAGAUAAAGCUCACACCUGAAGCUGAAGUUAAAGUCAAGCAAUCAAGAGAAGUGAUUGAAAGGAUUGUAAAAGAGCAGACGGUUGUUUAUGGAAUUACCACGGGGUUUGGAAAGUUUGCCCGAACAGUCAUUCCAAAUAGUAAACUUAGGGAGCUCCAAGUGAAUUUGGUUCGUUCACAUUCUGCAGGUGUCGGGAAACCUUUGAGCCCAGAGAGAUCUCGCAUGCUGUUGGCACUGAGGAUCAACGUCCUAGCAAAAGGAUACAGUGGAAUAUCCUUAGAAACUCUCCAGCAAGUUAUUGAAGCAUUUAAUGCAUCCUGCCUUCCUUACAUUCCUGAGAAGGGGACAGUUGGAGCCAGCGGAGACUUGGCCCCCCUCUCUCAUCUUGCGCUGGGAUUGAUUGGAGAGGGAAAGAUGUGGUCACCAAAGAGUGGCUGGGCUGAUGCUAAAUACGUCCUGGAAGCCCAUGGUCUGAAACCAAUUAAGUUGAAACCAAAAGAGGGUCUUGCUCUAAUUAAUGGGACACAAAUGAUCACUUCGCUGGGAUGUGAAGCAGUUGAAAGAGCCAGUGCUAUUGCUAGGCAAGCAGACAUAGUUGCUGCCCUUACACUUGAAGUCUUGAAGGGUACGACUAGGGCCUUUGAUACAGAUAUCCAUGCAGUGCGUCCACAUCGUGGGCAGACUGAAGUGGCAUUUCGAUUCAGGUCCCUUUUAGAUUCUGACCAUCAUCCAUCAGAAAUAGCAGAGAGCCAUAGAUUUUGUGAUCGAGUUCAGGAUGCAUACACAAUGCGCUGCUGCCCUCAGGUUCAUGGAGUGGUAAAUGAUACAAUCACUUUCGUGAAGGACAUCAUGUUGACUGAAAUCAAUAGUGCUACAGACAACCCUAUGGUGUUUGCUCAAAGGGCAGAGAUCAUUUCUGGAGGAAAUUUUCAUGGUGAAUAUCCAGCAAAGGCUCUGGAUUAUUUGGCAAUUGGUGUGCAUGAGCUUGCUGCAAUUAGUGAAAGAAGAAUUGAGAGACUCUGCAACCCCUCACUCAGUGAGCUGCCUGCAUUUUUAGUAACUGAAGGAGGUCUGAACUCUGGCUUCAUGAUCGCCCACUGCACAGCAGCUGCCCUGGUUUCUGAGAAUAAAGCCUUGUGCCACCCCUCUUCUGUGGAUUCUCUCUCAACCAGUGCUGCUACAGAGGAUCACGUGUCCAUGGGAGGAUGGGCUGCAAGGAAAGCUUUGAGAGUUAUUGAACAUGUGGAACAAGUUCUGGCUAUUGAACUGCUUGCAGCCUGCCAGGGCAUUGAAUUCCUACGCCCUCUGAGAACGACGACCCCAUUGGAGAAAGUCUAUGACCUUGUGCGCUCUGUUGUGAGGCCUUGGAUGAAGGAUCGCUUCAUGGCCCCGGACAUUGAAGCAGUUCACAGGCUGCUGGUGGAGCAGAAGGUGUGGGAAGUGGCUGAACCUUACAUUGAAAAGUAUAGGAGGGAACACAUCCCUGAAUCGAGACCUGUUUCACCAACAGCCUUUACCCUGAGAUCACUGGCAGUGAAUAUGUGUGUUAACCAUGAUCACAGUCAUCAGAAUGAACUUUAGUAGUUGCUGACAUCUGGUAAAGAGUAGGUCCUUUCCAGCACCUUGUUUGGGGAGGGCUGUUGUUUUACCAGAAUUCAUCAUGGUUUCUUCUGGGGAUGCGAAGGAACCGAUUGUCUGGCUCAGAAGCACAUAUGGAUAGUAGAGAAAUGCCUCACCAGUUUCCCAAUGUGUGAAAGACAGUUUUGUCAUGAUUGUCCACACUAUCAUGACAUUGAAUUCAAUUGAAUUUACUGAGCUUCUGAACACAAAACAUUAAGACCCCUGUUUAAACCAGUGGAGGAACCAGUGGAUGUUUAUAUGGGUGCCUCCUGUAUUUUUGUCAGCUCUUCACUUGUAUUCUCUUUUUAUGUGUGGCAAUGAUACUGAACGGUCUAGAUUUGAUAUUCUCACCCUCUUUUUGUUUGGGGAAUACGGUACCCUAUGUUCUGACACAAUUAUUUUGACACUUAAUUCUUCU